AUGCAGGACCCGGACUCUGGCGGUGCUCCCGAAGCCGCUGAGGCGGCGGCGGAAGAUGUUGCUCAGGCAGUGCACAUGCCACAAGGCUGCGGGCCCGGAGGAGACGCCGAACCGUUGCUUCCAAGUUCCAGCGGCCGACUCCACGAGUUGUAUCCGCUCCGAGGCGGCGGCAGUAGGGGAGCCGGGCCGGGCCGGGACCGGGGAGUGGGCGGGACGGCCCAGGAACGGGUCGCGGUGUUUGGGGGCCGGAAGGCGGAGGGGCGGCGUGACUCCCUGACGGUGCCAUUCCGUUCGCCCCUGGAGGCGAACAUCGCCCGCGGGUCCCUGGCCCCGGAUGCUGAACCCCAUCCGGGGCUGGUGGCCAAGGAGCUGGCUGUGGACGGCAGUAGGCUGAUUGUUCGCUGGAUUGCAGAAGAGCCUCGCCUGCUCCGGAUCUCCAUCAUCAGCUUUCUGGAGCAGCUCUCCCUGGUGGUGCGGACCAUGCUGCGCUUUGGACCCCCGGUGUUCCGCUAA